UUAAAAAUUUUGAAACGUAUUUUAAAAUAAUGUAAUAAAAUGUAUAAGUUGGUAAUGAGUAAGUAAUUGCAUGCGUUGACCAGAACAACCCGUAACUUGAUCCGCCGACAACCCGCUUGACCCAAAACUCGAUGAACUCGUAAACCGAUUGAGCCCACCCGAUGAACCCGCAACUCGAUUGAACCCGAACCUGAUGAACCACAACCUAAUUGAACUCGAACUCGAUAAACCACAACCCGAUGAACUUGAAACCCAAGUCACCCGCAACCCAAUUGAACCCAUCCCGAGCCUGUCCGAUUGAAACCUCUAUUCUUACCUUUAAUAUAUCAUGAACAUGUAUUAAAUAAUGUAUGGCAUGCCAAGAAGUCAUGUAGUAGCACAUAAAAUCGUUAAAUGAGAUAAAAUUUCAUCACACUUAACUUAAUUAGUAACCCGGUCACACAUGGAAAUCACCGGGUGGGUUUUCUCAUUUCUGUCGCUUAGAUUGGGGACGUGCUUCCCCGGUCAGUCACUUGAAUUCCCUGGCUGGAUUUUUCACUCGAAACCAGACUUUUCUCAUGUAAAAAAUCUACAGUCUGACCCCUUAAAUUUCCCGGCCGAAUUUUUCACCCAGAAGCUAGGAUUGUUGCCUCUCAAGAUCACCAUUUUGGUAAUUUCUCCCUCAACUUUUGACCAAAUUGAUUGAUUUUUGUUACUAUUGAAACUAGAUUCAUAGGUCAACAACCUAUCCAAAUGUCAGACCAUUUGAACCAGUGGUAUGGGUUUGACACUCCAUUCAAGUGGGAGGUUCAAAACAGAUUCUUACUUCUUCUUUCACUACUACCUUCCUUUGAUCCAAUUCAUUCUUAACUCAUAAAUAUGCAUAUUUAUCAUACUAACAUGACUAAAAAUGAUUAAAAACCACUCUUGUACAUUAAUCUCCCCCUUAACUUUCUUUUCCAAUUGGUUCAAGAGGAAAAAGGAAGUGACGCUACCUUUGUUCCCUUAGAGACUAUCUGUUUCGUACACUCCCUGUCCAUCCGCAUUUUUCAGCCAACCAAAGAUCAUGUCAACGAUCCCCAAUGAUCAGACAGAGACCAAGUUAGGGAAUACUUUAGGGUUUAAUUUGGUCCUUGGGCUAAUUUGGUCCUCACAGGCAAGCGACGAAAAUGGGCCACUAUAGCCCAUUUAAUGGAUAUCUCCUAUCCAGCCUAGCCGAGCGGCCCAUCGGGAAUGUUCGGCAGCCAACACGGUAACCAAAGAGAAAAAGAAAGAAGGGCAGACGCAGGAGCAGAAAAGCGAACGGGAAUCCAAACGAGAGCUCAGAUCUGCAUAACACAAAUAUUCACAGCACCAAUCAUGCCUACCGGCUUCGUGUUCUACUCUGGAUCGUUUUCCAUUUCGUUUGAUUCUGAGCGAGGAUUUUCAAGCAACCCGACCCCUCCUAAACCACCAAGUCGGAACGGUAUGGUGGCUUCUGAAGAAACUGUCAUGAAUUAUCUUACUGAAUAUGGAGUUAAUAAUAUCAAAAGUGUUAAGCUUGUUGAGCCCAAAUUCCCCAAGAACUCAUAUGCAAGGCAAUGCAAUAAUCUGCUAGAGCUUUUUGCAGAGCGUAUGGUCGAGGAGAAUGUAUUUGGUGCUCAAAGCUACCGCGAGGCUCUGCUGAAGUAUUGUGGAGUUGAUAUUGAGUACUAGUCAUUUUAAUUACUAAUCAUAAUCAUGUAUUUAUGCAUUGCCCAUCAAACGUGCUAUAUCCCCAUAAUAGAGCACCCGAUGAAUGUAAUCUUUCGUGUUAUAUCAAUGACGAUGGUAAAUAUAUUGUGUACAGCAAUCGUAAAAUGUGCCAUCAAUAGCAAAACAUGAGAAGAAACAUGUUCUUGCCACCUCUCUCAGUUGUUUCUUGACGGUCACUGCUACCCUUUGAUAUUUGCUUUAGAUACAGUCAAUACAGAAACGAUAAACCCAGGAAAAGCUCCAGGAUAAUGGGUUGCAAUUGAAACAUGAUGAUCACAUAUUCACAUCGACUAUGUACUUCUUGUACGGCCACUUGGUCCCAACUCAUAUUGAGAAGAUCUCCAAUCCACACAGGCGUUUAAAUUUGUCAAUUGGUUUUGGAUCUGAUUAUCCUUUCUAGUCAUUCACAAGCAUCAGCACUCGCGACUCUGCACAUUGAACCUUCGUACUGCUGUUCAAGAGUUAGCUCCUCCAUGAAUUUCAAGUGAUUUGGUCCUGUGUCGGGUUUCAGCAGUCAUCUUGAAUCAGCAAAGAAACUGAAAAGUCUACCACUGACUGACAAUAUUGACAUGAAAUGGAAAGUACUUGACAAAAGCAUUAUGCUUAUCAAUGUUAGAAUGAAUUUUUAUUCUUUUC